AUGGGCCGUGGAGGUCGGGGCGGUGGAAGGGGAGGUAUGCGGGGAGGUCGGUCAAGCGACAGGUCGGAAGAUAGAGGAAGCCGAUUUAGCUCUAGCAGGGGUGGCAGAGGUUUCGGAAACCGCGGUGGCGGCGGCCGCGAUGACUUCAAAAGCUUCAAAAACGACCAACCGGGUGGCAAUUUGAGGAAGAUACGCUGGGAGUCGGUAACGCUCACUCCGUUCGAGAAGAACUUCUACGUGCCCCAUCCGAAUGUGCAGCGACGCUCUGCCGCUGAAAUUGAGGCGUACCGCAGCGAGAACCAGAUCACUGUCAAGGGCCGAGAUGUGCCAGCGCCCAGCAUGUACUUCGAAGAAGGUGGAUUCCCCGAUUACGCUAUGAAGGAGAUUUUGAAACAGGGCUUUCCCCAUCCCACACCCAUCCAGGCCCAGGGCUGGCCGAUUGCGUUAUCGGGCCGAGAUUUAGUCGGGAUAGCUCAAACAGGAUCGGGAAAAACAUUAGCUUACAUUUUGCCCGCUAUUGUACACAUCAUCAAUCAGCCAAGGCUUUUGAGGGAUGAAGGGCCUAUAGUGCUCGUAUUGGCACCAACAAGAGAACUAGCACAGCAAAUCCAACAGGCUCUGAUUGCGAUGAACGGGACCGCAGCAGACAUGGCGGAUCCCAACGACUGUGACAUAGUGGCAACGGAUUUUGGGCAAAAUGUACAAGUCCGCAACACUUGUAUCUUCGGCGGUGCACCGAAAGGGCCUCAAGGUCGUUCCCUCGAGCGUGGCGUCGAGAUAGUUAUUGCAACCCCUGGAAGGUUGAUUGACUUCUUAGAGAAAGAUACGACGAAUCUCCGCCGUUGCACGUAUCUUGUACUGGACGAAGCUGACAGAAUGUUGGACAUGGGAUUUGAGCCACAAAUCAGAAAAAUUAUCGAGCAAAUUAGGCCAGAUAGACAAGUUCUCAUGUGGUCGGCAACAUGGCCCAAAGAGGUCAAAAAUUUAGCAGAAGAAUUCCUCCACGACUACAUCCAAAUCAACAUUGGCUCAUUGUCUCUCUCCGCUAAUCAUAACAUCCUGCAAAUCGUCGACGUGUGCGAGGAAUGGGAGAAGAAUGAAAAAUUGCUGACACUGCUCAAUGAGAUAUCAUCAGAGGAGGAAACUAAGACGAUAAUAUUUGCAGAGACAAAGCGAAAGGUGGAUGACAUCACAAAGACAAUAAACCGCGCUGGGUGGCGGGCCCUAGCUAUCCACGGUGACAAGAAUCAACAGGACCGGGACUACGUGCUGAGCCAGUUCCGCCAAUCGAACGGUGGCAUUUUAGUUGCAACGGACGUAGCUGCCAGGGGCCUUGACGUGGAGGACGUGAAGUUUGUGAUAAACUACGACUACCCCAACAACUCUGAGGACUACGUCCACCGUAUCGGGCGCACGGGCCGCUCGCAAAACACCGGCACAGCGUACACUCUCUUCACGCCGAGCAACUCUGCUAAGGCAAAGGAUCUGAUGUCCGUGUUGCAAGAGGCGAAUCAGGUAGUCAACCCCAGGCUGUUGGAGCUAGCUCAAUGCGGAAUGGGCUUCAAAGGAAAAUAUGGUCGGGGGCGAUUCCGCGAUAGGGAUGAUGGAGACCAUGGUCGUUCGGAUCGCGGAAGGGGACGAGGCAGGGGUGGUGGACGUUUCAGUGACAAAGGCUCUAGGUGGGAUGAGAACGAUUCCAAUAGCUUUAGUCAAGGUGGAAGCAGCGGCUUUAACCGACAGGAAGGGGGCUUCAAUAAGCGACCCGACUUCGGGGGCCGUUCGGAGGGAUACAACACGCGUCAGCACGACGGCAGUCGCCAGGGCUUCGCCCCCCGCGAGGGCUCCGGGGGCUUCCGAGGGCGCGGAGGGCCGAGGGGACGUGGCCGUGGCGGGCAGAACUACUCUCAUGGUGACUCCCAAGGUUAUCAGAACCAGGGCUUCAAUGUGCCUCCACCCACAUCCUAUUACAACAUGUACUCUCAACCACCACCACCACCUGCCUCUAAGUUUGGGGCCAAG